AUGCAAGAAGUUGAUAAAAAGGAUACAAAUCCUGUAGUCCAUAACAAAAAACAAAUAGUAUCUCCGCCUUUAUUAGACACAAAUGCUAAGAUAAACAAUAUAGCUAAUAAAAAUUGGUCGCUCUUGCACGUUGCGGCACACAACGGAGAAAUAGCAAGGGUUCGAUACUUGAUAGGCCUAGGUGCCAAAAUAGAUGCCGAAAAUGAUGACAAGUUGACGCCACUUCAUUUUGCCGCUAUGAAUGGAUUUAUAGAUAUGGUUCAACUAUUGAUCGACAAAGAAGCAAAUAUUGAAGCUAUCGACGAUAAACGACGGACGCCAUUAUAUGUUGCAUCUCAAAAUGGUCACUUGGAAGUAGUGAAGUUUCUGAUUAGUAAAGACGCAAAUAUCAAUGCUGUUGAAGAGGAAAAUUGGACACCAUUGCACAUCGCAUCUGGAAAUGGUCACUUGGAGGUAGUGCAGUUUCUAAUUAGUAAAGGCGCCAAUGUCAACGCCGCUGAUAACACAAAUUGGACUCCAUUGCACGUUGCAUCUGAAAAUGGCCACUUGGAAUUAGUUCAGUUUCUCAUUAGUGAAGGCGCCAAUGUCAAUGCUGUUGAAGAGGAAAAUUGGACUCCUUUGCACAUCGCAUCCGGAGAAGGUCACUUGGAGGUAGUGCAGUUUCUGAUUAGCAAAGGCGCUGAUAUUAACAGUGCUGAUUGGUUGAAAGAGACACCAUUGUACAAAGCAGUUCAAAAUGAUCACUCUGAUGUAGCCCAAAAAUUAAUUACUAACGACGCCAAUGUCUAUGCUGUUAAUGAACAAAACCGGACUCAACUCUACAUUGCAUCUCAAAAUGGUCACUUGGAGGUAGUGCAGUUUUUGAUUAGUCAAGGCGCAAAUGUCAAUGCUGUUGAAGAGCAAAAUUGGACUCCAUUACACAUCGCAUCUCGAAAUGGUCACUUGGAGGUAGUGCAGUUUCUGAUUAGUAAAGGCGCAAAAGUCAAUGCCGUUGAUAAAAUAAAUUUGUCUCCAUUGCACAUUGCAUGUGAAAAAGGUCACUUGAAGGUAGCGCAGUUUCUGAUUAGUAAAGGCGCAAAUGUCAAUGCCGUUACUAUUAUAAAUUGGACUCCAUUGCACAUCGCAUCUGAAAAUGGCCACUUGGAGUUAGUUCAGUUUUUGAUAAGUAAAGGCGCCAAUAUCAAUGCCGUUGAAAAUAUAAAUUGGACUCCAUUGCACAUCGCAUCUGAAAAUGGCCACUUAGAGGUAGUGCAGUUUUUGAUUAGUAAAGGCGCAAAUGUCAAUGCUGUUGGAGCGGUAAAUUUGACUCCAUUGCACGUCGCAUCUGAAAAUGGUCACUUGGAGGUAGUGCAGUUUCUGAUUAGUAAAGGCGCCAAUAUCAAUGACGCUAAUGAUACAAAUUGGACUCCCUUGCACAUCGCAUCCGGAGAAGGUCACUCGGAAGUAGUAAAGUUUUUGAUUAGUAGAGGCGCCAAUGAUAAUGCUGUUAAUGAUGGAUAUGAGACUCCGUUGCACAUUGCAUCUCGAAAUGGUCACUUGGAGGUAGUGCAGUUUCUGAUUAGUAAAGGCGCCAAUGUCAAUGCCGCUAAUGAUACAAAUUGGACUCCCUUGCACAUCGCAUCCGCAGAAGGUCACUCGGAAGUAGUAAAGUUUUUGAUUAGUAAAGGCGCCAAUGAUAAUGCUGUUAAUGAUGGAUAUGAGACUCCGUUGCACAUUGCAUCUCGAAAUGGUCACUUGGAGGUAGUGCAGUUUCUGAUUAGUAAAGGCGCCAAUGUCAAUGCCGCUAAUGAUACAAAUUGGACUCCCUUGCACAUCGCAUCCGCAGAAGGUCACUCGGAAGUAGUAAAGUUUUUGAUUAGUAAAGGCGCCAAUGAUAAUGCUGUUAAUGAUGGAUAUGAGACUCCGUUGCACAUUGCAUCUCGAAAUGGUCACUUGGAGGUAGUACAGUUUCUGAUUAGUGAAGGCGCCAAUAUUAAUGCCGCUAAUGACCUAAAUAACACUCCAUUGCACAUUGCAACUCAAUAUGGUCACUUAGAGGCAGUGCAGAUUCUGAUUAGUGAAGGCGCCAAUAUUAAUGCUGCUAAUAUCUUAUAUUUGACUCCAUUGCACGUUGCUGCUCAAUGUUGUUACUUAGAGAUAGUGCAGCUUCUGAUUAGUAAAGGCGCCAAUGAUAAUGCUGUUGAACACAAAAUUACACCAUUGCACUUCGCAUCUGAAACUGGCUACUUGGAGGUUGUGCAGCUUCUAAUUAGUGAAGGCGCCAAUGUCAAUGCUGUUGAAUGGGCAAAUUUUACUCCGUUGCACGUUGCAUCUGAACAUGGCCACUUGAAGGUAGUGCAGUUUUUGAUUAGUAAAGGCGCCGAUGUCAAUGCCUCUAGUAACGAAAAUUGGACUCCAUUGCACAUCGCAUCCGGACAAGGCCACUCGAAAGUAGUAAAAUUUUUGAUUAGUAAAGGCGCAAAUGUCAAUGCCGUUGCAGAAAAAAAUUUGACUCCAAUGCACAUCGCAUCUCAAUAUGGCCGCUUAGAGGUCGUGCAGUCUUUGAUUAGUCGAGGCGCCAAAGUAAAUAUUGGCAAUAUUCAUAAUUGGACACCACUGCACUGUGCAACCUAUAAUGGCCACAAAAAUGUCGUCCAACUAUUGAUAAACAAAGGCGCAAAUCCUGAUGUAGCAAAUACCGAUAACAAGACGCCGAUGGACCUUGCUGUUGAGAAAGAAUAUAAAGAAAUUGUUGAACUACUGCAAACUCAAACAACCAAAUAA